AUGGCCAUCGCCGCCGUGCUAUCCAGCCUACAAAGUAGUGCAAUCGAGUAUCCCUAUCACUCACUCGCUGCUGCUGCAAUCCUUGUCCCAGUCCUCUACGUCAUCCUCAAUGAAUUUGUGCGUUCUUCUGCCCGCGUCAAGGACAUGAAAGGUCCGACAGGUUGGCCCUUGAUCGGCAACUUGUGGCAUAUUCGUACCAACGCCGCGGAGCAGUAUCGUCUGUGGUCCAAGACACAUGGAGCCGUUUAUCAGAUUCAACUAGGCAAUGUGCCCGUUGUCGUUGUGAACUCUGCUGCGUCUGCGAAGGUGUUGUUCGGGCAGAAUGCCCAGGCGCUUAGCUCUCGACCCGAGUUUUAUACUUUCCAUAAGAUUGUUUCCAAUACCGCCGGCACAACGAUCGGAACCUCCCCCUAUAGCGAUUCCUUGAAGAGACGCAGGAAGGGCGCAGCAUCGGCGCUGAAUCGUCCCUCGGUGGACACAUAUGUCUCACACUUGGACGUGGAGUCAAAGGCAUUUGUAGAAGAGCUGCACAGAUAUGGAAACCGUGGGAAGACGCCCGUGGAUCCUAUGCCGAUGAUCCAGCGAUUGAGUCUGAGUUUGGCACUGACUCUGAACUGGGGUGUGCGGGUCGCAUCCCAGGAAGAGGAUCUGUUCGACGAGAUCACCCAUGUCGAAGAGGAGAUUAGUCGGUUCCGAAGCACGACAGGAAAUCUGCAGGAUUAUAUCCCCCUUCUGAGAUUGAAUCCAUUCAGUUCGAAUUCGAAAAAGGCUGCUGAAAUGCGCAUUCGUCGUGAUCGGUACCUUGGAGCCCUGAAUCGGGAUUUGGACGAGCGCAUGGCGAAGGGAACCCACAAACCUUGCAUCCAGGCCAAUGUUAUUCUGGACAAGGAGGCCAAGCUGAACAAAGAGGAGUUGACUUCCAUUAGCUUGACCAUGCUUUCUGGUGGCCUGGACACGGUUACCACAUUGGUUGCGUGGAGUCUUGGGUUGUUGGCCCAGCGUCCUGAUAUUCAGGAUCGGGCAGCAAAGGCUAUUCAAGACAUGUAUGGCCAGGAUGAACCCAUGUGUUCAGUGGAUGAUGAUCAGAGGUGUGCGUACGUCGCUGCACUCGUCAGGGAGUGUCUUCGGUUCUUUACCGUGCUGCGAUUGGCACUGCCUCGUACCUCCAUCAAGGAUAUCACAUACAAUGGGAUCAUCAUCCCCAAGGGCACGGUGUUCUUUUUAAACGCGUGGGCAUGUAACAUGGUUCAUGAGCUGAUCUUCAUAGAUCCUGACGUGUGGACUGACCCGGAUGAGUUCCGUCCGGAGCGCUGGCUCGAACAACCGGACGCGCCACUCUUUACCUACGGCAUGGGCUACCGUAUGUGUGCUGGAUCCCUGUUAGCCAACCGAGAGCUCUAUCUCGUUUUCAUGAGGACCCUCAACAGCUUCCGACUCGAGCCCUAUGACAAAACCGAUUGUCAUCCGGUCCGGGGUAACUCGGAUCCGAGUAGCUUGGUGGCCAUUCCUGAGCGAUACAAGGUCCGAUUCGUGCCGAAGAACGAGAAAGCACUGUCCAAGGCUGUUGCACGAAUGGUGUGA